GUAGAGUCCAGUAGCACCUUAAAGACUAACCAACUUUAUUGUAGCAUAAGCUUUCGAGAGCCACAGCUCUUCGUCAGAUGCAUCUAUUUCCCCCUUCUGAGUUGUUCACUUUGCAGCGCGGGGCUAAUUGGAAAUAAGCGACUGGACGAGUCCGGUAACCUUUGAAGAUGUGGCUGUGUACUUCACAGAAGGCCAGGGGGCCUUGCUGGAUCCAAACCAAAGAGCUUUGUACAGGGAAGUAAUGAUGGAGACUUAUGAGAACAUGGCCUCACUGGGAUUUCUAUUCAUCAAGCCUGCUCUCAUCUCCCAGCUGGAACAGGGAGAAGAGCUGUGGGUGCCAGAGUCUCUGAACUUGGACGCCGCAGAGAUCUUGGACACCUCAGAUGAGUGCUGGAGAAGAUGGUUGGGCCUUGCAUGUGGGAGAUGCUUUCCUCAGAAAUUGAACCUUAUUGGACACCAGGAACUUCACACAGGAGAAAAACCUUAUGAACGUGUAGUGUGUGGAAUGUGUUUUGCUCAGCGGCUUCCAUUUCUUAACCACCAGAAAGUCCACAGAAGAGAGAAACCUUAUACGUGUGUGGAAUGCAGAAAAAGCUUUCCUUGCCCUUUGGUCCUUGUAAGCCACCAGAGGGCUCACGCUGGAGAGAUGCCCUAUUGGUGCCCAGAGUGUGGGAAAUGUUUUUCUCAAUUUUCAUACCUUGUAACCAACCAGAGAAUCCACACAGGAGAAAAACCAUGUGAAUGCUCAGAGUGCAGGAAAUGUUUUACUGAACAAUCCCAGCUCCUGGCCCAUGAAAGAAUCCAUACAGGAGAGAGAGAGCCUAUAAAUGUCCCGAGUGUGAAAAAUGUUUUACUUGCCAGUCCAACCUGAUGAUUCACCAGAAGGUUCACACAGGAGACAAGCCCUAUAAAUGCCCCAAUGUGGGAAAUGUUUUACUCAGCUCACACGCUUGCUAACCCAUGAGACUGUCCACACAGGACAGAAGCCCUAUAAAUGCGCUGAGUGUAGGAAAUAUUUUGCUUGGCUAUCAUACCUUAUGACUCACCAAAGACUUCACACAGAAGAGAAACUUUACCAGUACUUGGAGUGUGAGAAAUGUUUUGCUGACAACUCAAGCCUUGCACAGCACAAGAGGGUCCACAGAGGAGAGAAACCCUAUCAGUGUUUUGAGUAUGGGAAAUCUGACCCAUGAGAGAGUCCACACUGGAGAGAAACCCUAUCAAUGCCCCAGCUGUGGAAAAUGGUUUGCAUAUCCCUCAGACUUUCGAAACACAAGCGAGUGCCUCAGGAGAGAGCCCCUAUAAAUGUUGGCGUGUGGGAAAUGUUUUGCUCAACGAUCGUAUCCUGUGAUCCACCAGUGAAUUUACUCUAGAGGGAAGCCCUGCCAGUGCCCUAAAUGUAGGAAAUGUUUUUCUGACCUCUCUGGCCUUGUACAACACAAGAGCGUUCACAAGGGGGAGAAUUCUUAGAAAUGUUAAAAGGGGUGGGUAUAGUUUCGCUGGCAGUUCAGACUUUGGGUCUUUUGGUGAGAAAUCUUAUAAUUAUUUAAAAUGAAAAAGGAAAACUAGUGAGAUUUGCUUUCAACAGCUCAGAUUUUAGCAAUUUCUCCCCCCCAGGCAGAAAAUUGGCUCCUCAUUAGUGAACCGUUCCUUCAUUGCAGUACCAUGGAAAAGUAUAACACGUUCUUUAUCUGGUCACCAUACUUCAUAAUUUGCUUCUGCUAACUCUUGACAACUAAUUCCAUACUGUGUGAUAUCUCAUGUGGUAGAACUGUCAUUGUAGGUUUGGGGCCCAAGAAAGACACUGUCUCCAUGGUGAUAAUGGGCUGAAGACGUGGUUUCUUGAGCGCCCAGGGUAGGGAUGCAGCCCGGUUUUUCCUCAGUGUCAUCCAGAGAUGCUGCCAUUUUGGUGCAAUGUUCCCCCUGCUGCCGAACCACCUGGGUGAGCCACUCUGUAGUAACAGAAUACCAACAAUCCCCCUGGCAACCUGUGGAGCUCCCAACUGUAAAGUUCUUCCUAUACCAUGAAAAAACAUAAAGAUGGGGAAGGGCAUCUCUUACAGGAAUAGAAGUAGCAGCUGCUUGUUCACUGAAACCACUUUUUGUGCCAUUUUUAAUGUCAUGUUAGUUUACCCUGUUGCCAAUCCCUUCUCCAAGAAUCUACAAUGAUUUGUUUUUUCAUCCUAAUGUGAUCUGAAGAAAAUUCUGUUCAUGAGGAAAGCAUUUAAUUAGGGAGCUGAGCCAUUUGGAAAUACUACUGAGGAAAAAUGUGUGCAGAAAAAGGCUUGGCUUGAAGGGGGUCCUAGUUUCCAUUGAGAAAAUAUAAACACGAGGCAAGUUACAUGGUGAGGGGUAACGGCUCAGCGGUAGAACAUCUGUUCUGCAUGCAGAAGGACCUGGGUUCAGUUCCCAGCAUCUCCUGUUAAAAGUAUUUGGUAGUCAGUGAUGUAAAAACCUCUGUCUGUCUGCCAGUUACCUUGAGAUGCCACUGGUCUAACUCAAUAGGAAACAAGUUCAUGUGUUCAAGGUCUGGCAUGUAGAAAAUAUAUUCAGAAGCAGCCUCAGGAUACAUAGACUGCAAUCUGUAUGGCAGUUUCCCAAGGUCUGGUCACUCGGGUUACUGUGCAGCCAUGAGAUAGAUUGAUUAAUCAAUGUGCAUCCGUGGGCCUUUGCUCUCCUUCUGCUUGAUGUUUUGUUUUGCUGCUUUGUUGUAAUACUUGUGUAUGUCACUAUAGUGUUCUCCUUAGCACUUGUUGUUACGGCUUCACCUUUCUACUUGCUCUGUUAUCCCACUCUGAACAUCGAUCAGUCUUAGUCCUUCUCCUAAAAGCACCAUUGAAUCCUGUAAAAUUAACUAAUUUUUAGCGAAUUGACUUUCGGCAGGCAAGAGCAUAUUUCAUCAGGAACCGUUGACCAGUGUGCCGAAGCGAAGCCAAAGCUUGUUUCGUAUUGUAUGAAAUCUUGAUGACUACCGGCAUGAUGAAGCAUGAUACUCCUAGUUCAGACCUGGGCAAAUCUAACGGCAGACUUGCAAAAGGUGGUCUUGAAAAACCAGGUUCUGCUUUGGGGGUGGGGGGAGGUGGUUUGUGAGCUCUUCCUGUCACCAGCUGGGAUAAGCAUUUCUUUUAGCAGGAUAGGGUAUCAGUUGGUGAUCAUGCAGAGUCUUUUUUUAAAAGCCAGUGUGGUGUAGUGGUUAGAGUGCCAGACUAGUAUCCUUGGAGACUCGGGUUCAAAUCCCCACUCUGCCAUGGAAGCUUGCUGGGUGACAUUGGGCCAGCCACACACUUUCAGCCUAACCUACUUCACAAGGUUGUUGUGAGGAUUAAUUGGAGGAGAGGAAAACCACGUACGUUGCUUCGGGUUGCCAUUGGGAAGAAAGGCAUGGUUUAAAAGAAACAGAAAGAAAAAAGAGAAUGUUCACACUCAUUAUAUCCAUAAAUUCCAUGAUACAAAUUUUGAAUAUGGCUCCUACAUAAAUUAA